AUGUUCUACAGUGAUGACGAAGACGACGCUUUGCGAAUGCGAUGGGCCCUCGUGUGCUCUGUUCAUGACGAUUCUCCGAACUUCCUAAACACCUUAAGUGACUUUGCCUCCUGGUUUCUCUCAGAAGUUAGUGAGGCUGCGAGAAAGAUGAACAUCUAUGAAAAAUUUGAGGCAAGAGAGAAAAUGUUAGUGCGUGUUCCUGUCGGCGAUUUCGAUGCUUGUGCUUCAGCCUAUGAAGAUAUUAGAAAGGUAGUCAUUUAG